AUGAAAACGAAAGUGCUUCUCGUUGUUUGUUUACUACAUAUAACUCUUGCGAACACAAAACAUGAACUAAAAGUCGUUGAUAACCAUGAAAAAUAUAAAACUUAUCAACUGGAUGUGCCGGGAAAGGAACCUAUUACGAUUUUCGAAAAUAAACCGUUGAAGGAAGACCCGCAAAGUAAGUGGGAUAUUGUGGAGACGCAGGAAAAUGAUGAUGAGAUUAAGAAUUUAAUGACUCAUAUAAUCCAUGAUAUACACAGUGAUAAACCGCGGUGUUACGGACCAUCUUGUCAGGAGGGAUUCGUUGAAGACGAGGGACCUCAAGAAAGUGUAGAGGAUUAUGUUUUGGAUAAUAAAGAUAAGUUAAAGGAUUUUAAUGAUUAUUCUAACGAACGUAUGCAAGCUAUCGCAGCAUUAGCUGCAAAGCUCAAGAAAUUAAAGAAUAAAUCCGAUCGCUAUUCAUCUGCACCUAGCCAAGACUAUGAGAACGACGAUAAGGUUUAUACAUCGUGGAAUCGUCUUAAAGUUAAACAACACAAACAUCCAUAUGACGAUAAAGAUGGCUGGGUUACUUUAGAACCUGUUGCUUGGUCAACUAGUAAAGUAUCAAAAUGGAAACCCAAUGUUAAGAAACAAAAGCCUAGCUAUUGGAAUGACAAUGAAGACACAAAAUACACAAACGAUGACCGGUUUCAAGAAUCCGAAGAAAGUUACGUUUAUCCUCAAAAACGGCCAACUAUGACUCGCCCUGGCUAUAUCAACAAUAAGCUGUACAUGCCUCAAGAGUUUGAAUCAGAGCUGCCUUCAAAACCGUCUUGGACAAAGAACAAACCUCAACAUAACACGCAAAGUUAUCACUCAAGCUGGUCUUCAGACGACAGUCGUCGACCGUAUAAACCAAAUUGUGAUCAUGAAGAAGACUAUCCUAGCGAGGACUCAAUAUAUUAUGGAAUGUCAGAUUCAGUAGUCACUGAUAACCGCCCUCCAAAUUUCCCAUUUGAAUAUGAAGCGCUCCAUCAAGCGUCAUCACAGAAACGGCCAUUGCGUCGACCGACUCAGGUUGUUUAUGCUGACACUCCAGAUUAUCAUAGCGAUCACUCCAGGCCGCCUUACGGUGACGGCCAAUGGGUAUUAUUAUCAACAACCAAAGGAUACCGUAAUAAAAAACGCCAAAGAUCACUUAGCUCAUCCGAAGAAAACGUAGAUGUUCCAUCGAUAACUUCGCAUCAAUCAGUUUCAUUGACCGUAUUACCCGUGGAUGAGAAUUCAACAACUAAUAUGACGACCUCACAUGGGGGUAUGUUGGAAGUUGAAAAAACUUUUCAAACUGUAGAGGAGUCUAAACGUGAUAUGGAUUUGAAGAAUGACUUAGAAUCAUCAGCGAGUCAGCCGCGGCCGGUUAGAAAAGUUGUUAGGAAAAAACUUGUAGGGAACCAAAAUUCUCCCGAUAGUUCAACAGUUUUAGCGGCGGUUGGUGCUGGGAUGGUACCGGCAACAAUGGCUAUGGUUGUACCCAUGAUGCUUGGCAGACGUAGAAGGAGAGACUUAGAUUAUACGCCUCAGAUCUUACAUAUACAAGAUGAUAUUUUACGACAGUAA